AUGGGUCAAAAAAGCUCAACAGUGUCGAGCUCGAAAGACCUAAGAUUAUUCGAUAACAGAGGAGGCGAUUGGGCUCUGGCAAUUCCCACAUCAGCACCAGCCUUGGUAGCCGCCCUGAGGGACCUGGUGGGCAUAUACACCGACUUUCAGAACGGUCGCUUUGAACGUCGUGAGAUGACGCUUAGUGGUGAAGCUUGUCGCCGUGAGAUGACGCUUAGUGGUGAGGCCCGUCGCCUUGAAAUGACGCUUAGUGGUGAAGCCCGUCGCAUUGAGAUGGCGCUUAGUGGCGAAGCUCUUCGCCGUGAGAUGGUCCUUACAGGAGAAGCCUUCAGGGACGGAAUCCCUACUGUGAAGUGCUUUGUUUCUGUUCUUGCCACCUACUUUCAGCGGCGAAACUACUUGGAGCUUUUCUAUGCUUUCAUAGCUGGGUCGAACGCCGCUGUGUACUGGUUAGACGUUCUUCAAGGCUCGUCAGCCCUUGAAGAAAUUGGGAGGAAAAUCCAUCGAGAACUCCAGGCGCAAACUGGUCUAUCUGCACCCACAGCUUUUGCUAGACAAGUCGACAAAAGCAUCAGACAUGAGAUCCAUAAUACGCCUCCUGGUGGCAAACACAUAUAUUUUCUUUAUCAUCCUGAUACGGACUGGCAUGCUGAAUUUUUUGAUCAUGCGAAGCACGACCCCCUGCCUCAAAACUUCCUAGGAUUGUCUGACAAUCUUGAUUCUCUGUGCGCGUGGAUGUUGUUUUUGAGGCAACAAUUGGACGAAGACGGGACACAGGCUCGGUUUUAUAUUCUCAUUCCCGCUUAUCGCCCAAUGGUGGUCAAAGAACCCUUAGAUUUCCCGAAGCAACUUUUCCCACUCACCGUUCGGGGCGAUAUUCAUGAUUCCAAGCCUUACGUUUGGUUUAACCUUCCAGCUAUCGGAAAUGUGUCCUCAGACUUGCUAAGUCUGGAACGCAUUGGAAAUUUAUCAUCACCGAAUGAAUGGGAAUCUCUUGCGUCUGUUGCAGCCGGGGUGGGUACUACAUGGUGCGGUGUAUUGGCUUCGUAUGCUGUUGUUGCUGCCAGUGGACCCCUUGCACCCCUGGCCGCCGUGGGUUGCUUUGCCGGAGCGAUUGCCGCAGGCAGAUGUGCGCAGGAGGGUGUUGAAAGCAUGUUUGCGAGCGAUGGUCCAAGGAUACUUGGACAGUUUGAUGAUCCUGUUUCAUCGCGUCAAUGA